AUGGCACCUCAUUAUACCCGCGGAGAGCAGAAUCCCCAUCCAAGUUCUCGGGGCGGGAUACUCUUUUUUGUUAUGCCUACAGGAAAGUGCUAUUCGGUUCACGCGCAUCUUGCUGCCCAUUAUUCUGACCACUUCCUCGAGGUACUGAACUUGAAGGAAAACGUCCAGAUGGUCACCCGCUGUAGCAGCAAUAUCGCCAAUAAGAAGAGCAUCGAGUUGUUCGUCGGCUGGGUUUACUCUAGAAGCGCCGAUAGCGUUGAUGACGAGCUCUCCUCAUCCUUCGUCUCCUUACACUCAAACGAGCGUGACGAAGAUCUAGCGAGAGCCUGGAUCUACGGAUGCAAAAUUGAGGCCCCCGGCUUCCAGAAUGCUGUUCUACAGCUCCUCGACCGCAAGUUCGAAGAAGCUACCUACGAGACAGUUGCCAACCUGACUGUCAGAGUUUGGGAUGCCGUUCCUUCGGAAAGCCAGUUGCAAUGCUACUUGGUAGCUAUGCUCUGCAACACGCUCUCUGAGAGGGAGAUGAAUGACAUCGUACAAGAGCUUGGGCGCCUUCCAGGCAAUAUUCGACACGAAGCCAUGGAUCUCUUAAGAUACCUCAUACGCAUAAUGAAUGAAACAGAACCGGGCAAUUUUCGCCGGGUAGCUGCUGUCGGUGUAGAGGACUUUCUGGAGGAACCCCUGAGGAUUUAA